CCUCUUCAGCCACCGUAGGCAGUGAAUCCAAAGUGCCGGUGAAAAUGGAAGUGAAUCCCCCGAAACAGGAGCAUCUGCUGGCGCUGAAAGUGAUGCGGUUAACUAAGCCUACUUUAUUCACCAAUAUUCCAGUAACAUGUGAAGAGAAAGACUUACCUGGAGAUCUCUUCAACCAACUUAUGAGAGAUGAUCCUUCAACUGUACAUGGUGCAGAAAUUUUAAUGUUGGGAGAAAUGUUGACUUUACCUCAAAAUUUCGGAAAUAUAUUUUUGGGAGAGACCUUUUCCAGUUACAUCAGCGUUCAUAAUGAUAGCAAUCAAGUUGUAAAAGACAUAUUGGUAAAAGCUGACCUUCAGACAAGUUCUCAGCGUUUAAAUCUUUCAGCUUCCAAUGCUGCAGUGGCUGAACUUAAACCUGAUUGUUGUAUUGAUGAUGUCAUACACCACGAAGUAAAGGAAAUUGGAACACACAUCCUGGUGUGUGCUGUGAGUUAUACAACUCAGGGUGGAGAAAAAAUGUACUUUAGAAAAUUCUUCAAAUUUCAGGUUCUCAAACCAUUGGAUGUGAAAACCAAAUUUUAUAAUGCAGAGAGUGACCUCAGUUCUGUGACUGAUGAAGUAUUUCUUGAAGCCCAGAUUCAGAAUAUUACAACCUCACCCAUGUUUAUGGAAAAAGUUUCAUUGGAGCCAUCUAUAAUGUAUAAUGUAACAGAAUUAAAUUCUGUCAACCAAGCUGGAGAAUGUGUAUCAACAUUUGGGUCAAGAGCAUAUUUGCAGCCAAUGGAUACACGCCAGUACUUAUACUGCCUAAAGCCCAAGAAGGAGUUUGCAGAAAAAGCCGGCAUCAUUAAGGGAGUAACAGUAAUUGGAAAAUUGGAUAUCGUAUGGAAAACAAACCUCGGUGAAAGGGGAAGGUUACAAACCAGCCAACUUCAGAGAAUGGCGCCAGGUUACGGAGAUGUUCGGUUGUCUUUGGAGGCAAUUCCAGAUACUGUAAACUUAGAAGAACCUUUUCAUAUUACCUGUAAAAUAACUAACUGCAGCAGUGAAAGGACGAUGGAUCUGGUUUUGGAAAUGUGCAAUACCAAUUCUAUCCAUUGGUGUGGUAUUUCAGGAAGGCAGCUUGGAAAGCUGCAUCCAAGUUCCUCUCUCUGCCUUGCCCUUACUCUGCUGUCUUCAGUACAAGGACUACAAAGUGUCUCCGGCUUAAGACUAACAGACACAUUCUUAAAGAGAACAUAUGAGUAUGAUGACAUCGCACAAGUCUGUGUGGUAUCUUCAGCUGUUAAAGUGGAAAGCUAAAGAAAAUUCCCAGUGUUAUGCUUUUGUUUUCACAGAACUGCUUUCUGUAUUUUUGUCACCUUUGUGAAAUGAUCAAGUUAAUAGCAAAAAUAAGUAUAUAUUAUUUAAUUUUCUUUCCUGUAAAAGUUAAAAUAUUAAAUAUUUGUUUUGAAAAGAAUCAAUUUUACCUUGUGAAUUAUAUUCUAAGUGGAUAUUUUUAUAUUUUCUAACAUAUCUUGCUUCAUUUUAGGUGACCAUUGGACUCUGUUCUCCAAAAGUUCUAUGUUUGAGGCCAUUUGUCCUUAGCAAGUAGCUAAAACAGCAGUCGGCAAACUUUUUUUUUUAUAAAGGCAAAAUACCAAAUACUUUUAGGCUUUGCAAGCAAAUAAUGAACUCUGUUAUUAUAGUGCAAGAGCAGCUGUGGGGAAAAUAGGCAGCUGGCUGGAUGUGACCUGUGGGCCAUAGUUUGCUGAUCUCAGUCUAGAAAAUACAGUUGUUUCUUAGAAUUUUAGAAUUCUCACAAUACUUUAUUUAGAAAUAUUUCAGUUAACUCCUUUUUUUUCCUACCUCCUCAGUCAACAUAAAGGAUUGUUUAAAACAAAUGGGAUAAUCUCCUAUAACCUGAUAAUUUGCUAACACAGUAUGAACCUUUCUAGUUAUUCUCAAAAUAACUAGAUGUGAUAAAAACACAUCUAACUUUCAGAUACUAAACAUAUAAGAAGUCCUUCAUUUAUUAUGUGGUUCUUGAUUUAACUUUUAUUAAGAUGCCUAAUAACAACCUAAAUCUAAGCUACAAAUGUCUAGAUUUUUCCCACUGAAAAAUAAACCACUUGUUUUCAUUACAUGUAUUUAAAGGAUUCCCAGCUUCUAAUAUUUGAUUUUGAACUCUAAAUCAUGUAUUAAUAUUAUAAAACUCUCUCUCCAUGUAAUCACAACCAGUUAUGCCAUCAACAAAAACAGACAGAUAAGGCUAUAAACACUCUGCAACAUGAAUUUAACAAAAUGUUUCACUAUUUUGUCAGAAUAAAAGGUUAUGCUACCAAAUAAAAUCAUCCUGUUUUCAUAAGUUGAAAUUCAAGAAUGUGUAGUUUGUUAAACAUGAGUACAUUAAGUCAAAUACAAAAAUUGGUUUUUCUCGAAUGCAUAAUUUAUUUAUUGCCAUGACAAAUUUUUGUUCAGAAUGAAAGCUAUAUUCAGAAGAGUUGCCCCUCAAAUAAAAGUUAUGAGAUAUCUGCAAAAUAAAGUACAAGCUGUGUAAAACUGAA